AACACUAAAAUCAAACAAUUUAAUUUACCAAAAUGUGAUCACACUUUAGUGGGCAUCAGACUAAUAACAGAUAGCCUGCACGUGCCUGUCAAUUUCGAAUGAUUCUGAUUCACUAACAUGCGCACGGUGGUAAGAACAAAUUGGCUGGUGCACAAGUCAUGAAUCCAAUGGUAAUUUUGAGUGCAAACGUGAGAACAUUUCUAUGCACAUAUUAGUGAAUGAGGCCCAAUGUGUUGUAUGAAAGCAGUAAAAUUACAACAGUUUUACGUUGGUCUAUGGUUUCCAAGUAAGGGAGCCUCAGAUCAUUUUCAGAGAGGUCUAGCAGGACGACUUGACAUUUGCUCCAGGUAAGAGAAAACAAAGGUGAUCAAAAAGACAUUGCAGAGGCCAGGAGGUCUGGUACAACAUAUUUGCCUUGAGAUUGAUACAUUUUUUAAGGAAACUGGGUGUUGAUUACUCAGAACUUUAAGGUAAUAAUCCUUAAGAUUUUAAUUCUGGUUGAUCUUUCUACCAUGCUUACUGGUAGAAAGCCACCUAUUGGAUAACGAGCAUUUCCAAGCACCAAAAGCCUUUUAUCCAUAUCUUCAUGCUCUUUUAGCCUUUUCUCUAUUUUUAAAGAAACCAAAUAUGUUGAGUGAAUAUGGUCCAUUAGUGAGAUCAGUAUUAUAUGAGUGAGGAUGUCUGUGCUAAUUUAUAUUUUAGUGAUUUUAUAUCUAAUGGUAAGUUAAGGAGCCAUUAUGUUCUUCAUAUACCUCUUACCAAGUGACUCUUCUCAAGAACCAAAUGUGACAGUACAGUUGACAGUGAACAUGUGAUCAAGUUUCCUAAACAGGACAUACAGUCACUUCUGGUUGGCCAAUCAAACGCAGUCUUGUCUCUUAAGAGUGAAGAAAAGAUCAAGUUUCUUUUCAUUUAGCCCGACUAUAUGAACACGAUGAGAUCUCCAGUGUUUGUUAUCUUUCUGACAUGUCUGUUCUUGGGACAGAAAAUGGCUCAGAUGACUCAUCUGAAAUUCUCCUCAUCUGUUCGUCAAGACAGAGGUUUUGUAUCUGUUAAUACUGGGGACAAUUUGAUUUUGCAAUGUUUCUAUGAAGGUGAUGUUGCAGCAAGGUUUUACUGGUAUAAGCAAACUCUAGGACAGAAACCAAGAGUUAUCUCUACCUACUACAAGUAUGAAAGUAAUGGCACUUUUCAUGAUGAAUUGAAGAACAAUCCUCGCUUCACACUGGAUAUUGAAACUGGUAAAAAUCACUUGAAGAUCACAGAUUUGCACAUCUCAGACUCAGCUACUUACUACUGCAUAAGUGGCUAUUCAUACGUGUAUGAAUUUUUAGAGAGCAUUAUUGUCAAUGUAAAGGAUUCAGGUUCGAACAUCCAAGCUCUGGUCCAUCAGUCGGCAUCUGAGAGCAUCCAGCCAAGAGGCUCUGUGACUCUGAACUGUACAGUACACACUGGGACCUGUGAUGAUGGAGAACACAGUGUUUACUGGUUCAAAAAUUCUCAAGGAUCUCAACCAGAAAUCUUUUACACACAUGGAGGCAGGAAUGAUCAGUGUGAGAGGAACAGCAAAACACAAACACACACCUGUGUCUACAACUUGCCAAUGACGAGUCUGGAUCUUUCUCAUGCUGGGACCUACUACUGUGCUGUCGCCUCAUGUGGACAGAUAGUGUUUGGAAACGGGACCAAGCUCAACUUUGAGCAUGAGGUGGAUUCUCUUGUCUUGGUGUAUUUCUUGAGUGGAGCUUUGACAUUCACCACCAUCCUGGUUGUUUUAUUGGCUUUCUCGGUGUAUGUGAUCUACAAAAGAAACAGCAGCCAGUGUAAAGAGUCUCAGGCGAGAUUUUCCACGUCAGAUACAGAGGGUCACCAAAAUGAAGAAAACAUCCAUUAUGCAGCUCUAGGGGAGCACAAGAUCAACAGAUCUAGAAGACAGAGGAACAACACCGAGACUGAAUGCGUGUACUCAAGUGUAAAGCAGUAGAACUGUACAAGUUUUAUAUUUGUUGCAGUUUAACAAGAGAUGCCUUUAUUAGUGUUUUUAGCAAACCCCUAAGACAAUGAGGUCAUACUUCUAGUAACUAUAGGAUGAAGCAGCAUGAAGUGUUGCAUUUCUAACUAUUUUAACUACUUUCCAUAAUUCCCAGAGUUAUACUGAUUC